AGUAGCAGUGUGAAGAUGGCGGCGGGCUCCGAUCUGUUGGAUGAGGUUAUCUUUAACACAGAGGUAGACGAGAGAGUAGUAAGCGAUCUGGUAGGGUCCCUGGAGUCUCAGUUGUCGGGAUCGAGUCUCGGGAACUCCGAGAUAGCGGCCCAGGCGGUGGGAAACCACAUUGGCAGCAGUGGAGCAGGGGGCAAUACCAAUGUCCAGGAGCCCAAAAUGGGACAUGCAGUAGAUCUGGCGAAAGCAGGAUCCGGAGUACAAGGGGGUGUUAUUAAUAAUACAAGGUCUCCGGGUGCAGUUGUGGAUGCAACAGUCGGGAUCAUCACCUCGGCGACCGGAUCAGAGACGGCUAUGGUUCUAAGUUCUAGCAAGCCGGUGACUGUCAACGCCAUGGCAACCCCACCGGUGGCCAACCACACGGCGGGCAACGGCAAAAUUGGGCCGGUGGGUGUUCAAACUUUGAAUGGAAGCAAUGUGGUAGUGAACUCGCACGGUGCAGGGAGUGCUGUCACGUUGGUGCCCAGCAGUAGUAGCAGCGUCAGUAGCAGCGGCUCUUCCAGCGCACCUGCUGUCACGGUGCUCAACAACGGACCAGCCACGGUGGGGAAAGCCAGCGUCUCCUCUAACACUGUCAUCCAGACUUCCUUUGUCGGUGCCCAGCAUGUGACCUCCCCCGCCAUCUCGUCCCAAACAUCUGUGACUCUGGUUAGACCCCCGGUGCACACGACGAACGGUAGCCCAGUGCUAAGCGUCGGAUCCGGAAUACCUAUGCAGACAACCCUUCCUGCUGGCGCGGCGGGGACCAUCAAGUCCGAGUCACCCAAAACUAUUAUUCAGAAUGCACCUCCAGGAGUCAGCUUGGCUCUGCAGACCGUCACCCCCCAGCAACAGCACACCGUUGCAGUGCCCAAAGGAGGACCUGUAGUACAUAACUUGCCAAGGACUAACACUCCGACAGCUGCAGCCGCUCCGGCGGCUGUAAACCCUGGAGCUAUCCGAACCAUCGCACCGCAGGUUCUAGCCCCUCGGCUACCGCCAGCCCCACAGAACCCACCCAACAUUCAGAAUAUCCAGCUGCCCCCAGGGAUGGUAUUAGUCCGCAGUGAGAGUGGCCAGUUGUUGAUGAUUCACCAGCAGACACUUGCACAGAUGCAAGCUCAAUCCCAACCACAGAAUGCGAUGACACCAAGGCCUGCCACACCUAGUAGUUCUUCUUCUGUCCAGCUAUCUUCUGUUCAAGCUCCAGGAGCACCACUCAUUGCACGCCAGGUUGCUCCAACUACUAUCAUCAAGCAGCCCACACAGGCUCAGACGACUGUUCAGGCCGCUUCAGCACUUCAGAGAUCUUCUGUUGUACAGCCUCAGAUCGUGCUUAGUGGGGCCACAGCAACAGGCACGAUAGCGACGCCAUCAGCGGUUCAGCCUAUAACCCCACAGAGAACAGUCCCAGGAGCUCCUGUGCCGCCAGCAAACACUGCCACAGAAACAUUAGAAAAUGUCAAAAAGUGCAAGAACUUCUUAUCUACAUUAAUCAAGCUAGCUUCAAGUGGUAAACAAUCUUCAGAAACGGCAGCUAACGUAAAAGAUCUUGUACAGAACCUGUUGGAAGGAAAAAUUGAAGCAGAAGAUUUUACAAGCAGACUUUAUCAGGAACUCCAUUCUUCACCUCAGCCAUAUCUUGUGCCUUUCUUAAAGAGAAGUUUGCCAGCUUUGCGGCAGCUUACACCUGAUUCAGCAGCAUUCAUUCAGCAAAGCCAAGUGCAACAACCUAUUACUCAGGCCACUACGGCCCUUACAUCUGUAACUCUGGGGAGCCCAAUUCAGCGGACUGCUGGAAAAGCUAUAGCCACUGUGACAAGUACCCUCCAACAGCCUGUCAUCAGCCUAGCACAAACUGGGCACAGCAAACCAGGACAAACAGCACCACUGGUUAUGCACCAAUCACAACAGCAAGGGGCACUUUUGAGACCACCCCAAGUCACUUUGGCACAAACACCAAUGGUAACUCUUAGGCCACCCCAGAAUCGGAUUGUUUUGAGCACUCCUCAAGUUCAUCUAAAACAGCUUUCAACAGUCCCUGUAUUAAAACAAACAGUAUUACCAGGUGGCAAAGCUUCUCCUGUAAGCUCAGUCCAGGCUGCAGCUGCUCAGAAGAACAAACUGAAAGACACUGGAGGAGGAUCAUUCCGGGAUGAUGAUGACAUCAAUGAUGUUGCCUCCAUGGCUGGGGUUAACUUGUCUGAGGAGAGUGCACGGAUCUUGGCAACAAAUUCUGACCUGGUGGGGACACUAAUGAGAUCUUGUAAAGAUGAAGCAUUUUUCUUCACACCUUCAUUACACAGAAGAAUAGCAGAAAUAGGUAAAAAAUUUGGAUUUUCAGAAGUAAGUCCAGAAAUAGUAAAUUAUGUAUCUCAUGCAACACAGCAAAGGUUGCAAAACCUAAUAGAGAAAGUUUCAGAAGUUGCACAGCUGAGGAAUGUAUCCUAUAAGGAUGAUGAGCGAAGUGAACAAGUCAGUGAUGUACGCUCCCAGCUGAAGUUCUUUGAGCAGCUUGACCAUCUGGAAAAGCAAAGAAAAGAAGAGCAGGAAAGAGAGAUUUUGUUGAAAGCUGCAAAGUCUCGAUCACGUCAAGAGGAUCCAGAACAGCUUCGAUUAAAGCAGAAAGCCAAAGAGAUGCAGCAGCAAGAGCUGGCACAAAUGAGGCAACGAGAUGCCAAUCUCACAGCGUUAGCGGCAAUAGGACCAAGAAAGAAAAGAAAAGUAGAUUUGCCGGGACCUGGGACCAUAACUGAGGGCUCAGGAUCAAGUGGAUCUCUUUCAGGCAGCUCUGCGGUCAACACGACCAGACAGUUCACAAGACAAAGGAUCACAAGGGUCAACCUCAGGGACCUCCUCUUCUGUUUAGAGAAUGAGCCCCAGAUGAGACAUUCACACCUUCUUUACCGAGCAUUCCUUAAAUAGCACUGCAGCAAAGGCAGCAAAGACUGGUUGCAUUGUGGGAAGGAUAAAACGGACUCCUUUUUAUACAUUUUAUUGAGAGGGCUUUUGUAUCUUCUAGAUGGACAAUUGUGUAAGAAGAACACUGAAAAAUUCUAACUUUUCACAGUUUUAUAUUUCUGUUUAUAAAAAUGUUCAGUAAGAAAGUUUCUAUCAAAUAUUAUUGUAAUUAUUAUUAUUGUUUGUAUUAUUUUAUUAUUACAGCCUAUGGAUUAUUUGACUGGACAAAACUUGUUAUUCAUCAUUUAACUGAGUUGCCUUCUUGCCAAAAUAAAGCCAUAUAUAUCCAUACCUGACAUAGAAAGGCUGAGCAAUUAAUGUUUGGUUGCUUUUUUAUACGUAUUUAUUUUUCUCUAAUUCUGUCUAGCUAAUCAGUAGCUUCUAUGAUUUAGGUACCUCCAAUUAUUUUUAUAUGUUCAUGUCUGGGAUUAAUUUAAAUUUUUGUCAGAAAAAUAAUAUUAUUUAUCUUUCAGUUUGUUCGUUCUUUAUCUGUUUGAUUUUUAUAAUAAAAGAAAUUUAAAAGAAAAUAUAUCAUUUGUGUUCUAGCUUUUAACAUCCUUGUUGCAUGGUGAUUAUAAAGGCCGCCUAAGCCUAUAAACAUACGUUCGUUAUUUGAAUGUUUAAAUAAAUCUUAUGAAAGCAUAAUACUUAUUUGAAACAUUUCUUUUCAAACAAAACUGUAAAGACUUAAUAACGUUUUGCAUAAAUAUAUUUUAAUUGCACUGUUUUUUUUUUUGUUUUUUUUUUUUAAGCAGUUUUACUUUUUUCCUAAUAAGAAAGAUGGUGUCAGUAAAGGAUGUUUUUAAAUAUAGACAAAUUGUUUAAAAACUUUUCUGGAAAAAAAAGAGACAGUAAUUGUAAAUAACUGUGGCACAUAACUGUAAUAUAGACCAUAAUUAUUUUGCUAAGAAAAUGUAAAAAAAGAAAAAAUAUUCUCAAGGCAAGCGAACUUUAAUGAGAACAAAGUCUAGAAUUAAUUCCUGUCUUUGUACCUAUUUUUUUAUUAGAUAUACUAAUGGGUUCUUUAUAUUUUUUGCAAGUAUUGUAUUAAAUUGUCUAAGAGUUGUACUUUUAUGAAUGUAAAUACUUUAUUUUUUCCAGUUCUGUUGUGCAUACUUUUCUUAGUUCUUUGCAGAACAAAGCAAAAAAUGAGGAAUUAAAUUAAUGUGUAAACAGAAUGCUAAUCAGUAUUUGUACCGAAACCAGAAACCUGUUACACCUUUGACCUCUUUCUACAGAAAAAUGAAAACAUACCAAGCUUAUGUAUCCCCUUUUCUUGUAAAUUUUGCACAGUCAUAUGUUUAUAUGUAAAUAGUUUACUUAAAAACAAAGUUUUUAAUUGCUAUUGUUUUAUAUAGGAUUGAAAGAGAACUAAACUCCUUCAUUAAAAAAAAGAAAUUUAUCUCUUC